CCGUGCCAUUGUCCCCCGACGCCACGACGGCGCUUAGGCUUGGGUGUUUGAAGACCACCACAAGAUGGCGCGUCCACAGCUCGUUCCAAAGUACUUAAAGGGCUCGGUUCCACAAGCUAGCCAUUAAGUUCGUUCGAGUGAACGCUCCCUGACAGAACAAAACCCCCCUCCCUGUCCUCAGACCUCCAAUCAUGAUUACGGACGGUUGCCUUCGUAUCAACAAAUUGGUCACCAUCCGACUGACACCAUCAUCAGGCGAAUCGGAUGUGAGUAAAGGAACCCUAUCGCGUCGCCAGGGGAUCCCCCGAAGGAUCAUACUCCUUCCUCCAAAACCGCGACACCUCAAUAAAGGUCCGAAAGGUGCCCCCAUUGCAAUCCUUCCACACAGGCUCCCGCGACUCCGGGCUCGUCAACGACGAUCUGACUCAAUUGUCGCCCCUGUCGACAAGAAGUCUAUACCUCAGAAACGUGGGGCUGACUCCGACAUACCCGACACCCCCAAGGUUUUCAUCAGAAUCCGUCCCUUGAAUCGAGGGGCUGAAGCUGACAUUCCCGGCGCCGCCCGUGUUUCCAUUAAUAUCCGUCCAUUGAAGCGACGGGCCCUGGAGGGUAGAAACAAUUUACAGAGUGCCUCCGACCACAGGCGCUUCGAGACUGUUCACUCGGACGACAGUUUUUACUCUGAGUGUCCGGCGGGCGUGGCUACGGUACCUCCGAAACUCCUGGAUCAGUGUGGCCGGGAGACGUGUCCGGCCGACCCUGCUCGCACGGCCGCGGCGGCUCAGCUGGCAUCCCCUCAUACAUCGAGGUUAUCCAGUCCACUGUGACCUCCAAUACGACCUGGAUGUGCUCUACUCUCACGCGUUCGAGGUUACGAAAUGUUUGCUGUGAAUAGAAGGUGUAAAGGGGGUGGUCUCCUGUACAAUCCUGGUGAAGAAGGCAUGGUUGGAAAGCUGAAUAUGUACAACACUAGAAUUGUGUGGAGCAAUAUACGAUACCUUUACGAACAAAGUCUGAGCGAGACGAUUUGAAUU